AGCCAGCUGGCGCUGCUCUGCGCGAGCCGCACACAAUCACUCUGAUACCGACACGCGCCCAGAUCCGCGAGCAUCACCGUCAGAGCUCCCUAGCCACGGGUGCUGCAGAUUCGGCUCUGGGAGCCCCUCUGCACCCCGAAGCGCCGCAGGCCCGCGUGGCCAGAGCAGGGAGGAGGCUCGCAGGCUCCAGUGCUGCCAUGUGAGCGACCUUGGUGACUCGCACCUGGCGCCACACCUGGGGCUCCGCUGCCCUCGGGGGACAAUGCGCGCCUGCCCCAGUCGCCGCGUCCGCACCUGACCAUGGAGUGCGCCCUCCUGUUCCUGUGCGCCCUCCGGGCCGCCGGUCCUGGGCCGCCGUGGGGGCCCGCGGGACUGGCGCGUCUGGCCAAGGCAGGUGCCACCACCGAGGGGCGCGCCGCACAGCCGGGACGAGGGAGGCGCCCGCCCCGCGGCGCUGCUCACGCGGCGGUGUCACCCUUUUCUUUCUUGCAGGCGCUCCAGCUGUGCUGCCUCUGCUGUGCUUCGGUGGCCGUCGCCUUAGCCAGUGACAGCGGCAGCAGCGGUGGCAGCGGAUUAAAUGAUGAUUACGUCUUUGUCGUGCCAGUAGAAGUGGACUCGGGCGGGUCAUAUAUUUCGCACGACAUUUUGCACAACAGGAAAAGGCGAUCGGCACACGGUGCCAGCAGCUCCGUGCACUACCGCUUUUCAGCAUUUGGACAGGAUCUACACUUAGAGCUUAAGCCCUCGGCGCUUUUGAGCAGUCACUUUAUAGUCCAGGUACUUGGAAAGGAUGGUGCUUCAGAGACUCGGGAGCCUGCGGUGGUACAGCAGUGUUUGUAUCAGGGAUUUAUCAGAAAUGACAGCCUGUCCUCUGUUGCUGUGUCUACGUGUGCCGGCUUGUCAGGUCUGAUAAGGACACGAGACAAUGAAUUCCUCAUCUCACCGCUACCUCAGCUGCUGGCCCAGCAACACAACUACAGCUUGCCUGCAGGCCACCAUCCUCACGUCCUGUACAAAAGGACAGCAGAGAAGAGGGUCAGGAGGUAUCAAGACUACCCUGCCUCCCAGCGGACAUAUCCUGGUCACUCCCCAAGUCACACCCCCCCUGCCUCCCAGAGCCAAGAGACAGAGUACCGCCAUCGAAGGUGGCAAAAGCAGCAUUUUUGUGGACGACGCAAGAAAUAUGCCCCCAAACCUCCUGCAGAAGAUGCCUAUCUACGUUUUGAUGAAUAUGGAGGCGCAGGACGGCCCAGACGAUCAGCCAGAAAGUCUCAAAAGGGUCUCAACGUGGAGACCCUCGUGGUGGCAGAUGCAAAGAUGGUGGAGAAGCACGGCAAGGAUGACGUCACUACGUACAUCCUCACAGUCAUGAACAUGGUUUCUAGCCUGUUCAAAGAUGGGACCAUUGGAAGUGACAUAAACAUUGUGGUUGUGAGCCUAAUUCUGUUGGAAGACGAACCUGGAGGAUUGCUGAUCAAUCACCAUGCAGACCAGUCUCUAAAUAGCUUCUGUCAAUGGCAGUCAGCCCUUGUGGGAAAGAACGGCAAGAGACACGACCAUGCCAUCCUCCUCACAGGAUUUGACAUUUGUUCCUGGAAGAACGAACCGUGUGACACCCUAGGAUUUGCACCUAUCAGUGGGAUGUGCAGUAAAUACCGAAGCUGUACCAUCAAUGAAGACACAGGACUUGGCCUUGCCUUCACCAUUGCACAUGAGUCAGGGCACAACUUUGGCAUGGUUCAUGAUGGCGAAGGCAACCCCUGCAGGAAGGCGGAAGGCAACAUCAUGUCCCCCACGCUGACCGGAAACAAUGGGGUGUUUUCAUGGUCCUCCUGCAGCCGUCAGUAUCUAAAGAAAUUCCUCAGUACACCACAGGCUGGCUGUCUGGUGGAUGAGCCCAAGCAAACGGGACAGUAUAAAUAUCCGGACAAACUCCCAGGACAGAUUUAUGAUGCCGACACGCAGUGUAAGUGGCAAUUUGGAGCCAAAGCCAAGCUGUGCAGCCUUGGGGUUAUGAAGGACAUUUGCAAGUCGCUCUGGUGCCACCGCGUGGGCCACAGAUGUGAAACCAAGUUCAUGCCUGCAGCCGAGGGGACCGUCUGUGGCUUGAGCAUGUGGUGUCGGCAAGGCCAAUGUGUAAGGCUUGGAGAUCUCGGGCCCCGGCCCAUCCACGGCCAGUGGUCUGCCUGGUCGAAGUGGUCAGAAUGUUCUCGAACAUGCGGUGGAGGAGUCAAGUACCAGGAGAGACACUGUAGUAACCCCAAGCCUCAGUAUGGUGGGAAGUACUGUCCAGGAUCUAGCCGCAUCUACAAGCUGUGCAACAUUAACCCUUGUCAUGAGAAUAGCUUGGAUUUCCGUGCCCAGCAAUGUGCAGAGUAUAACAACAAGCCCUUCCGGGGAUGGUUGUACCGUUGGAGACCCUAUACAAAAGUUGAAGAGGAAGAUCGAUGUAAACUCUACUGCAAGGCUGAGAACUUUGAGUUUUUUUUCGCCAUGUCUGGCAAGGUGAAAGACGGGACGCCUUGCUCCCCACACAGAAAUGAUGUCUGCAUCGACGGGAUUUGUGAACCUGUGGGAUGCGACCAUGAACUUGGCUCUAAGGCAGUGUCAGAUGCAUGCGGUGUUUGCAAAGGCGAUAACUCGACUUGCAAGUUUUAUAAAGGCCUGUACCUCAGUCAGCACAAAGCCAACGAGUAUUAUCCUGUGGUCACUAUCCCCGCUGGGGCCCGAAGCAUUGAAAUUCAGGAGUUGGAGCUUUCUUCCAGCUAUCUUGCUGUUCGAAGCCUCAGUCAAAAGUAUUACCUCACAGGGGGCUGGAACAUCGACUGGCCUGGGGACUUCACCUUCGCCGGCACCACAUUUGAAUACCAGCGUCCCUUUAACCGCCCUGAACGACUGUACGCGCCAGGACCCACAAAUGAGACGCUGGUCUUUGAAAUUCUGACCCAAGGCAAGAACCCCGGGAUCACUUGGAAGUACGCACUUCCCAAGGUCAUGAAUGUAACUCAGCCAGCGGCCAAGAGACACCACCACACCUGGCGCACAGUACAGUCUGACUGCUCGGUCACCUGCGGCGGAGGUUACAUAAGCAUCAAGGCCAUUUGCUUACGAGAUCAAAACACCCAAGUCAAUUCCUCAUUCUGCAGUGUAAGAACCAAGCCAGCAACGGAACCCAAGCUAUGCAAUGCUUUCUCCUGCCCAGCCUAUUGGUUGCCAGGUGAGUGGAGUACAUGCAGCAAGUCCUGUGCCGGGGGCCAGCAGAGCCGCAAGAUCCGGUGUGUGCAGAAGAAGCCCUUCCAGAAAGAGGAGGCUGUGCUGCAUUCUCUCUGUCCAGUGAGCACGCCUACCCAGGUUCAAGUCUGCAACAGCCAUGCCUGCCCUCCAGAGUGGAGCCCCGGGCCCUGGUCUCAGUGUUCCAAGACCUGUGGCCGGGGAGUGAGGAGACGUGAGGUCCUCUGUACAAGCCCUGCAGCCGAGACACUCCCCGAGAGCCUGUGUUCCAGCAGCCCCAAACCCGAGGCACAGGAGGGCUGUGUGCUGGGACGGUGCCCCAAGAACAACAGACUGCAGUGGAUCGCCUCUGCCUGGACUGAGUGUUCUGCAACCUGUGGCUUGGGUGUGAGGAAGAGAGAAUUCAAGUGCAUGGAGAAGACCCUGCAGGGAAAGCUGAUGACGUUCCCAGAGCGGAGAUGUCGCAACAUUAAGAAGCCAAACCUGGAACUGGAAGAAACCUGCAACCGAAGGGCUUGCCCAGUAUACAGCAUGGCGGCAGGCUGGUAUUCGUCCCCGUGGCAACAGUGCACUGUAACCUGUGGGGGAGGGGUCCAGACCCGAUCUGUCCACUGCAUGCAGCAAGGCCGGCCUUCCUCAAGUUGUCUGCUCCAUCAGAAGCCUCCGGUGCUAAGAGCCUGUAAUACCAACUUCUGUCCAGUUCCUGAAAAGAGAGAUGAUCCGUCGUGUGUGGAUUUCUUCAGCUGGUGUCGCCUGGUCCCUCAGCACGGAGUCUGCAACCACAAAUUUUAUGGAAAACAGUGCUGUCGAUCAUGCUCAAGGAAGAGCUGAUCUCAGGGUCUCCUCAUCCCCCUCAGACCAGGACCUGACCCGUCCAUCUCCAGGUCUUCAUAUCAAGACUACAAACCACAGAGGAAUUGCCACGGGGUUUAAAAAACUGGACAGAUAGCCACCGGCCUCCUUAGUUGAGCCCUGGAAACACAUGGUACUCUCCAACACUUGACAGUGAGACGCGAUGACAAAUCUAACUUAAAAGGAAAAAAAAAAAAAAAACCUUUGAUUUGCACUGUGAUUCGGAAGAUGAGAGGUGGGUCGUACUGAGAUAAGUCAAGUUUUCAUUUUGACAAAGUGGGAAUCUUGUUGACUUUGGGAUGGUUCUCUUCGCCCCCCCACCCGCCCCCCACACACACACAUACGCUUGGACAUCAAAGGAUUCAACAGCAAAGACUUUUAAAGGAGUCUUUAAAGUUUCAGGUCAAGGACUGAGACUCAGAGCCAUCGAAUCCUUGGAUGGGACUCUUCCUAACAGUUGUUUAGUAUCUAUUGUGUCAAACUCUUGACACCAAAUGGUGCUCAAUGGGUGCUUGCUGCUGGGCUGGCAAGUUUCACUUUAUGUUUUAUUUUGUGUGUUGUUGUUUUCAUUUGGUUUCAAGUAUAUUCUGCCUAUAGUGAGUCUCCAAGACAGAAAUUAACUACUCGAAACAUGUUCCCAGUAACAUUCUGGAAGCAGGGCCGCAUGGACUAUUUAAGUUCUCCAGGAAUUAAAACUCACACCUGAAGGGGAAAAGAAAUGUCAAACCCUGAUGCCCUUCCGAGUGAAAUCAACCUCGUACUGUCUGGUGCUUAUUGAAUGGGAACAUGGGAGGCAGGGAAUGUUCCCUGCUCUCUGAGGACAAGAAUUGGUGGCAUGUUCACUUUUGGUAAAAAAAAAAAAAAAAUAGGCGCUGACUGGUAAAAUAGCAUGCUCGAAGGAGGGAAAAGCCCACCAUGUAUAACGCUCCAUACAUAUUAUCAGAAUGCUUACAAAAUUAAAGGCUACUUGUGGUUUUUCUCCUUCCAACUGACAAGUUUCAAUUUGCCCCAGGACUUGGUCAACAAGGAAAAAUAAAAUAAGACGCAGUGGCUAGAGGAAAAAUCCAUCUGUCUUCUUGCUACAUUAAUAAAUUACAACUCGCCAAGAUCUUUCCAUGAGUAACAGCAUUUCGCCAUGUCUCAGAUGAGAGUUUUGAUCGUCGGGAGCCAGCUGUUGAUGGGCAUUAACAAGCUUAAAAUUGUUCUCAAUUGGAAAAGUACCACGCUGUUUUGCCAAAACCAGAGUAACUUAAAAGACUGUUUCCCCCCCCCCUGUAAUUCUUUGAGAAGUGGCUCUACAGGGCUUGUUUAUACGAUACUACUCUAUCCCCCCGAAACUUCUUUGAUGAAUGUACACUCAGUUUUACUGCUUCUUGGAGUCUUGGUUCAAACAGGGGUUUGCCAGCUCAGCAGAACUAGUGAGACAGUGGUCUGUUAAACUUAACAGCAUUCUUUGUUCCCGUCCCAUUGGGAACCAUGAGCUCUUGCAUGCCAUGGGCAAAGAGUAACAACUUGACCUUCUUGGCUUGGCCUUUCGGUAGCCAUUUUGAUAUGAGGAGAAAAACAAAACAAAACAGAAACCACACUACCACUCCCUUGCUCUAUGAAAAGUGGGAAGUUAUUUGACUUUAUAUAAUUAUCACUUUAUUAUUUUAUGGGAAAGAAUUAAUUUAUUAAUAGCCUAUUCUUACAUGUUCUCACCUGUCUUCUCUGAGUAAAUGAUAUUCUGAGGGGAAAUGUUGAAUUUUUAAAAAAAAAAAAACAUGGAUUAUAGAGAAAAAGUCAAAAUGUAUGUGUAAUAUUUAUUUUAUACGUUUUAUAAUAAAGUAUUCUGUUUCUUCGUCUCUGAAA